AUGAGCGACCCGGAGGAACACGUGGACACACACACACCGACGCCCCCCACCCCCCCUGGGGUACGGAAAUAUCGUAUGCCCCCAGAACCAGGAGCUGUCAGGGUGCACCCUGGCAAGGCAGAUGAUCCAGAUGUUGCCAGCACUCUUGUUCAUGGCAAGAUGAGCAUCCCAUGUCCUACUGUCGGAAACUUGCUAAAUGCUCCCCCAAAGACUGCGUUCCAGAAUAAGCUGGACGAGCUCCGUGAAAAAGACACUUGGGCCUCAGGGGAUCAUCAUAUCAAACUUCCCAUCACGCAAGAUAAUGAAGUUACCCACGAUCAUGAUAUGUGGGAUAUUAUUAACCCUCCAAGAACAGCCGAGCAGAUUGAGGCAGCUGCUCAGGCGGGGCAUGAAAAUUAUAUCAUCACCCACAACGCCUAUUUUACCGGUGAGCAGAUUGACAGGAAGUACAACUGGGGUCAGACGAGUAAGGACAGCCGGUUCGGGAUGGCCACGCCUCAUUACGACGACGGGCGCUCGGCCAACCAAACCCUGUGCUGGUACGGGGAGUCGCGGAAGUUUUACAAUCCAAAGACUGUUUGGACAAGAUCUGGGGACAAGGACAGGAUGCAGUCAAAUUCUUACAAAGCUAACAAGAUGAAGAGAAAUACCUUGAACCUCUCCCCAGACCACAGCUUCGGACUGUCCAAUCCGCUGGAUGAAUUCGGUGCUGGAGAGCUGAUCCACUCCACGGGGCCCGGGCAGUACGAGAGGAUGCCCGGCCGGCAUCACAGCCUGGUCAACGACGUGAGAAUCCAUCUCAAGAGGAUCAACUUCCAGAACUUUCCCUCCCUGCUACAGGCGUUCAUGCAUUAUGACAAGAGCGGAAAGGGGAUGAUUGACCGAGACGACCUUCUGGCAGUUUGUCGUCAGUUCCAUCUGGACGUGGACGUGUCGGUGGUGGACGACCUGAUCGAUUACUGUGACACGGACAAGGACGGACACAUAAACUUCCUGGAGUUCUCUAACUUCCUCAACUGGAAGGACAGGAUGCCGAUCAACGCUCGGGACCGACACAUCAUGAUGAACGAGAUGGAGUCUUUGUCCAAAUCAGAACCGCUUCCUGUCCCUAAGGCCUUGGUUAAACCUGAAGACAUGGAGCCUGUAGGACCCGACACCACAAAGACCACCGUUCGGACCCUGAGGCGACUCCAAGAGCCCCCCGACCACUUCUUCACCUCCGCUUCCUUCAUCGGCGGACACAGGGACCUUCCUCCCACACAGAACGCUCGCACAUAUGGCGUCCCGUCUGUGCGCUCCGACCUCCCGACGCCGCGCAUCACCAGAGUCACCGACACCACCAACUACGGUGAGAAAUCCUCGGUGGGAGAUCUCCUGAAUCCGUCGGUUACCGCCAACCACGGAGCCUACAAGGAACACUUCUUCUGCCCUCGCACCAAGGAGGAGAUGGCAGAGAUCUUCAGGAAUGUGGGCGUGGAGCUGUCGGAGGAAACCUUCGAGCAGGCCUGGUACCUGGCGUCCACGAGGCAGCCGGACGGGGGGGUUUGUGUCCAGGUGUUCAGCGACGUCCUCAAGGAAUUACAAGCCAUGUGA